GUUGGGAUAUAUUAUCCCGGCCUAUUACUGUUCAGGAGCCCAGGACAUUACUCACUACGGAGCCCGAGCAGCUAGGCCCAUUUCGGCCCAUCCGGCCCACUCUAGCCAUUUCGGCCCGCUUCGGCCCACGCGGCCCGUUAGGGUGGAGAGCAUCCCCUCCCCCUAUUCUCUAUAAAUAUGGGAGCUUCCCUCCAUAUUGAGGAGGCUCUUUUUUAGCUUCCUUCUUCCUUCUUCCUCUAGAAUAGCUCAAAUACUCCAUUAAUGGGAGCUUCAAGCUUGUAUAAUGUAAUGGUGAGGAGAGCCUAAUGAGAAUUGAGAGGGCUUGGACAUUAGCCUAAAAAGUCCCGUGGUUUUCUCCCUUUCGGGUUUCCACGUAAAAAUGGCUUGUUCAUACACAUUUAUACAUAUAUUUACUAUAUCGUGUUGGAUUAAACUCAACACUGGCGCCGUCUGUGGGAAUCUGUCCAAAAAGAUUCGUGUGUUCUACUGUUCUUGAGUUUCUGCGAAAAAUUCAUAUGGAGUGGAUUGAUUCCAGCGAAAAAGAAGGAAAAAUGACUGAUUUGAACGGGAGGAAGAGGAAAAACGAGGAUUUUGGAAGAUCUGGGUUGUCCGGAUCUUGCUCUGUUUUGCUGCCGCCGCCGGAGCAUCGUCGCCGCCAAAGCAUCACCACACCACCGUCGCCAUCACCGACCUACUGCUGGUUACUCCCCCCACCCGGUCGCCGUUCGAGCUUCCACGACUCGGCCGACGCGACAUGUGGGGUAUGCCGGUCGAGAGCUUCAUGAUUCUGCCAUUAAUGGUGUUUUUCGAGCUCAGAAUAAGGACGUUCAGUAGUUCGGUCGAGCUUCCGCCGGAUAAAAGCUGUUCGGGCCGCCUUGCUCGGCUGCGACCGCCGUCUCCACUCGCGAGAAGUGACCGACACGAACGGCCUGCACCUGGUUUGGUAGGAUGGUGCUCCACCUGCCUUUUCCUAAAAGAUGUACUCCGCACACGAUGCCUUGGUCUGAGGCAAGCCACGUCCGUGGAGUGAGGCCAAAUAAUGAAGAGCAAACUUUUAAAAUAAUGUUGACCGGGUCAAAAUUGAUGGAAGAAUUGACCAAGCUUUAUCUCCAAACCCAGCUGGCCGAAGCUUGAUCUCCAAAAGCUAAGUGCCACUAACCCAAUUUACUAGUUAUUGAAGUAUUAGAAUAAUACAGCAUGAUUAAAUAUUGCCAGUAUUUUUAUCACCAUUAUUUAUUAGGGAUUAAAACUCCCGAAAUUAAAUAAUGAGAGUGAUGCUCUAAGUGAUAAUUAGUUUUUACCGUCAUUUAAAUUUAAUGACUGGUUGUUGUGGGCCCGUCGGCCCGCUCCUGAUCAGCUUUAAUUAGCGAACGGAGCGCAUCUGAAUGACCAAUGAUAGGAUAAUAUCGGUAUUAUUGCCUGUUACAUCACUAUUAUUUGUUAGGGAUAAAAAUGUCCCGAAAUAAAUAAUGCAGAGCGAAGCUCUAGUGAUAGUUAGUUCGGCCAAUAUUUUAUCGAAUAUUUAAUUUUUUGUGGGGCCCGAUGGCCCACUCUCAAUCAGCUUGAUUAAGCGAUCCGAGCGUCUCCAGAAGGGCGAUGCCCCGACGACGCAUUUUAAUUGGGGGGUUACGCAUUGGUCCGCACGGCACCAAGUGCCCGAGCGACGAUCGUACCCUAGUACCAUCUGCGCCACUAGGCGAAGUGACUGUGCCAAACGCGGCCUGUGGGGCCCGAGGGCACCGAAGUGCUCAACCUCAUUUUUCGAGGGUAGUGCGACCAACUUGGGUCUGAGUUUGAAAACUCACGGACCGGUGAAUAUUUCUAUGUGACGUUCGGCGGGCUGCUAAUUGGCCCCGCCGCGAGCUGCUACGUCCAUUAACCCCGCACGAUGAGCCGGGCCGAGGGUCACGAUGACCCAUAGGCCGGUAAUCGUGGGUGUUAGAGGGAAGCCACGAUGACCCAUGCAGAUGGUUAUGUGUGCAUAUUUAUUAUCGGGCCGCGCGGCCCGUUACCAUGCUUAUUGCGCAGCCGAAGCCGCUCGACGCGCUUGAGCGAAAUGAUUAGAAGACGCUCGGCCCGAAUCUUGAAGACGUGCAGGGCCGGCUAAAGAGGAGACCAUCACGGCUGAGGACCGUGAGACGAGCAUCUCCACCUAGAGGCCGAGGGCCUAGAGGAGACCACCACGGUUGAGAACCGUGGGACGGGCAUCUCCACCCCAGAGACCGAUGGCCUAGGGAGAACACCUAGAGGCCGAGGGUCUAGAGUGGACUACCACGACGGAGGACCGUGAGACGAUCAUCCAUCAUUCAGAGGCCGAGGGCCUAGAGGAGACCAUCACGGUCGAGGGCCGUGAGACCAUCCUGAUUUUCAGGUCGGCCUCUCAUUGCCGACAACACCAUAUCACGACCGGCCUCUCGGCACGGCGUGAUUUCCAUAUUUGAAGACCGGCCUCGUCCCCGCACUGCGCGGAUGAGAGCCGUUGCUGGAUUGCAGGUCGGCCCCUCAUUGCCGACACUGCCACAUCAUGUUCGGCAUCUCAUCGCCGACAUCAUCAUACCACGACCGGCCUCUCGGCACGGCGUGUUUAUCUUUUGAAGACCGGCCUCGUCCCCGCACUGCGCGGAUGAGAGCCGUUGCUGGAUUGCAGGUCGGCCCCUCAUUGCCGACACUGCCACAUCAUGUUCGGCAUCUCAUCGCCGACAUCAUCAUACCACGACCGGCCUCUCGGCACGGCGUGUUUAUCUUUUGAAGACCGGCCUCGUCCCCGCCCUUCGUGGAUGAGGGCCGUUGCUUGAUUCUGUCAGAUCGGCCUCUCAUUGCCGACACCAUUAUAUCGCGACCGGCCUCCCGGCUCGGCGUGCUUUCCAUAUUUGAAGAUCGGCCUCAUCCCCGCUCCCCGUGGGUGAGGACCGUUGUGUGCUCACUCUCAGAUCGGCCUCUCAUUGUCGAUAUCAUUAUAUCACGACCGGCCCCUCGGCAUGGCGUGAUUAUCAUCUUUUGAAGACCGGCCUCGUCCCCGCGCUGCGCGGACGAAGACCGUUGCUGGAUUUCUUUCAGGUCGGCCUCUCAUCGCUGACAUCAUUAUAUCACGACCGGCCUCUCGGACCGGCGUGAUUAUCAUAUUUGAAGACCGGCCUCGUCCCCGCUCUUCGCGGAUGAGGACCGUUGCUUGAUUCUUUCAUAUCGGCCUCUCAUUGCCGACAUCAUUAUACCACGACCGGCCUCUCGGCUCGGCGUGCUUAUCUUUUGAAGACCGGCCUCAUCCCCGCCACCUCGUGGACGAGGACCGUUGUUGAUUCUUUCAGGUCGGCCUCUCACUGCCGACACUAUCAUGUUAUGUUCGGCCUCUCGGCACGACAUAUUUAUCUUUUGAAGACCGGUUUCAUCCCCGCGCUGCGUUGGAUGAGAGCCGUUGCUCGGAUAUAUCGGCCUGACUAGACACUAUUGCCAUCUCCAUUAUCAGGACCGACUGCUCAGCGACAUUAUGAUCAUUGUGUAUCGGCUCCCAAUGUCGACCUUCUUGAGUUAGCGAUUGGGCUCACCCCUCCCUUCAGGAGGGUGACCAUCGCCUUCGCAUGACGACCAGCAUUUCCAUCGCCUCGUCAUUCUAUUCAUUUUGAUAUCCCACCACCAUUAUGUGUGACAUCACUUGUGGUUAUUCUUGGAACCGACGAACGUAUUUUCCUCCCUCAAAAAAAAAAAAAAAAAAAAAAGAAGGAAAAAAAAAAAAAAAAAAAAAAAAAAAGAUGGGGAGAAGGGGAGACGAGAUCCUAUGAGAGAGGGAGUCUUGACGAGGUAUGCCUGAUCUUCCUUCACCACGUGACGAACGUCUCCCGACGCGGAGGUUAGUAGGAACGUGGGGGAGGCUGGACGUACCAAAGGGAACCUCGGCAAGAUAAACCAGUUCCUCCCAUUUCCCGUGGAUCGAUGAACACCUUCUGCAAAAGCAGAAGGCUAGUAGGGCCACGAGCAUGGGACGACGAAGCAGGGAAUCCCGACGUGGAUACACCUGUUCCUCCUUGCGAUCGUUGGUUGACCGAACGUCUUCUUCGAAGUAAGAAGAUUAGUAGGACCGCGACAAGGACGAACGAAGAAUAGGGAAUCCCGACGUGGAUACACCUGUUCCUCCUUGCGAUCGUUGGUUGACCGAACGUCUUCUUCGAAGUAAGAAGAUUAGUAGGACCGCGACAAGGACGAACGAAGAAUAGGGAAUCCCGACGUGGAUACACCUGUUCCUCCUUGCGAUCGUUGGUUGACCGAACGUCUUCUUCGAAGUAAGAAGAUUAGUAGGACCGCGACAAGGACGAACGAAGAAUAGGGAAUCCCGACGUGGAUAAACCUGUUCCUUCUCAUAGUUGGGAUGACGAACGUCUCCUGCGAAACCAGGAGACCAGUACUCACGAGACUUGGGAAGAACGAAGAACCAGUUCUCUACCGGAGUCUGUGCGUGCCGAGUGUACACUGCUUAGCGGUCCGUACAUAGGACCACGGAUACGGUAGACGAACGAAGACCAGCUCCAUGGAUCAGACACGAUGGACCAGCUCUUUACCGGAGUCUGUGCGUGCCGAGUGUACACUGCUUAGCGGUCCGUACAUAGGACCACGGAUACGGUAGACGAACGAAGACCAGCUCCAUGGAUCAGACACGAAGAACCAGUUCUUUAUCGGAGUCUGUGCGUGCCGAGUGUACACCGCUUAGCGGUCCGUACAUAGAACCACGGAUACGGUAGACGAACGACGAUUAGCUCCCCAGCUCAGACAAGAGAGACAUUGCCCAGAUUUAUUUUCAGGCUCACCAUUCCUUCCCGGAUGGAGUCCGGCAGACGAUCGGUUUCUCACAGCCAAUCAGGAGAGAGACUUGACACAUCACCAGCACGGCCGAGGGCCGCGAGAGGCCGAGGGCCAUGAGAUGAUCAUCACUAUUUUUAUGCAUCACGAUCGGCCCCUCAGCGCCAUCGUGUCCUGAUUCACGGUUCGGAUCGCCCAUUUCCCUCCAGGAUGGCGACGACCGUCUUAUGCAGUACGAACGGCCCCUCAGCGCCAUCGUACCCAGCUCACGUUCGGCUCGUCCAUCCCUUCCAGGGUGGCGACGAACGUCUUAUGCAUCACGAUCGGCCCCUCAGCGCCAUCGUGUCCUGAUUCACGGUUCGGAUCGCCCAUUUCCCUCCAGGAUGGCGACGACCGUUUUAUGCAUCACGAUCGGCCCCUCAGCGCCAUCGUGUCCUGAUUCACGGUUCGGAUCGCCCAUUUCCCUCCAGGAUGGCGACGACCGUCUUAUGCAGUACGAUCGGCCCCUCAGCGCCAUCGUACCCAGCUCACGUUCGGCUCGUCCAUCCCUUCCAGGGGUGGCGACGAACGUCUUAUGCAUCACGAUCGGCCCCUCAGCGCCAUCGUGUCUUGAUUCACGGUUCGGAUCGCCCAUUUCCCUCCAGGAUGGCGACGACCGUCUUAUGCAGUACGAUCGGCCCCUCAGCGCCAUCGUACCCAGCUCACGUUCGGCUCGUCCAUCCCUUCCAGGGUGGCGACGAACGUCUUAUGCAUCACGAUCGGCCCCCUCAGCGCCAUCGUGUCCUGAUUCACGGUUCGGAUCGCGCAUCUCUUCCAGGAUGGCGACGAACGUCUUAUGCAGUGCGAUCGGCCCCUCAGCGCCAUCGUACCUGGCUUCACGGUUCGGCUCGCACAUUCCCUCCGGGAUGGCGACGACCGUCUUAUGCAGCACGAUCGGCCCCUCAGCGCCAUCGUGUCUCUUUCACGUUCGGAUCGCGCAUCUCUUCCAGGAUGGCGACGAACGUCUUAUGCAGUGCGAUCGGCCCAUCAGCGCCAUCGUACCUGGCUUCACGGUUCGGCUCGCACAUUCCCUUCAGGAUGGCGACGACCGUCUUAUGCAGCACGAUCGGCCCCUCAGCGCCAUCAUGUCUCUUUCACGUUCGGAUCAUGCAUCCCCUCCAGGAUGGCGACGAACGUCUCAUAUGCAGCACGAUCAGCGCCCCAGCACCAUCGUGUCUGGCUCGUGUUCGGCUCGCCCAUCCCUUCCAGGAUGGCGACGAACAUCUCUUAUACAGCUCGAUUGGCCCCUCGGCGGCAUCAUGCCUAGUUCACCUCCGGCUCCGCCCAUGCCAUCUCGGAUGGGGGACUCGUCGUAUGCAGCAUGAUUGGCCCCUCGGCGGCAUCAUGUCUAGUCCACCUUCGGCUCCGCCCAUGCCAUCUCGGAUGGGGGACCCGUCUUACGCAGCGCGUCUGCUUCUCGGCGCUGACAUGCCCGGGUUAUCGAUGAGAGCUACUGCUUCUAUCACAUCUUGCAUUCCCUCUCUCAUACAUUACAUACAUACAUUACAUGCAUACAUACAUUCAUGCAUCAUACCUCAUACAUCCAUACAUACACACGUGCAUCAUGUUUUGACAGUACCGCGACGUCGGUUUAUAGAUGAUGGACCUCUAAGCUUCUCCGAUUGGAAAGCUCGAGUCAGAGUUCUUUACUCCCGCCUGAUGCAUUCAGGGGGAGUGUGCCCGUGGAGGAGCACCCUUCGCCCGACCCUGUCAAGAAGGGGGGUGCCUCACUGGUAGAUUACAUUCAGGAGUGCAGACACUCACUCAUAUAUGAUGAUUAUGUGAAGACACAGUUUCCAGCAAGACAGAGGAAGAGCGCAGGCAGAAUAUAUUUUCUCGAGCAGAUUCGCGAGCUCACUACUCAAGAAACUGGGGGACUUGUGUUGGGAUAUAUUAUCCCGGCCUAUUACUGUUCAGGAGCCCAGGACAUUACUCACUACGGAGCCCGAGCAGCUAGGCCCAUUUCGGCCCAUCCGGCCCACUCUAGCCAUUUCGGCCCGCUUCGGCCCACGCGGCCCGUUAGGGUGGAGAGCAUCCCCUCCCCCUAUUCUCUAUAAAUAUGGGAGCUUCCCUCCAUAUUGAGGAGGCUCUUUUUUAGCUUCCUUCUUCCUUCUUCCUCUAGAAUAGCUCAAAUACUCCAUUAAUGGGAGCUUCAAGCUUGUAUAAUGUAAUGGUGAGGAGAGCCUAAUGAGAAUUGAGAGGGCUUGGACAUUAGCCUAAAAAGUCCCGUGGUUUUCUCCCUUUCGGGUUUCCACGUAAAAAUGGCUUGUUCAUACACAUUUAUACAUAUAUUUACUAUAUCGUGUUGGAUUAAACUCAAC